AUGUCUAAUUGCAGAGUAGGGUUGGCAAGAACAUUAAAAGCAAGCUCUAGCAUUUGUUUAAAAAGGGCCGUUGCACGCACGGCGUUCACGCCAGCAAACUACUACCCAAGGGCUCGAAACGGGAACUCGCGCCUAUUCGGGCAUUGGAGUGCCUUGAUGGCAGGUGGCAUCGCUCUGCACACUGCCCAACAGGAAAAAAACUCCGAGGACUACCAGGAGGUGUACAAUGCGAUUGCCACGAAAAUGAGGGAGGAAAAAGACUUUGACAAUAAUAAUGGCUACGGUCCCGUGCUGGUACGUCUAUCAUGGCAUGUUAGCGGAACUUGGGACAAGCGCGAUAACAGUGGUGGAUCAUUUGGUGGUACUUAUAGAUUCAAGAAGGAGAUGAAUGACCCAUUAAGUCGUGGGCUGCAAAAUGGCUUCAAGUUCCUGGAGUCAAUUGACAAGCAAUUUCCUUGGCUCUCUCACGGUGAUCUCUUCACUCUUGGCGGUGUCACUGCCAUUCAGGAGAUGCAGGGCCCAAAGAUCCCCUGGAGAUCGGGCAGGGUCGACGAGCCAGAAAGUAUGGUACCUGACAACGGAAGACUUCCCGAGCCCCACUAUGGCGCAGACUAUGUACGCUCAUACUAUGAGAGGUUCAACUUUACCGACCAAGAAGUUGUCGCUUUGUUAGGUGCUCAUGUUCUUGGCAAAGCCCACUUAAAAAACUCGGGCUACGACGGACCCUGGGACGACGAAAGUAAUAUCUUUUCUAAUGCAUUUUAUGACAAUUUGUUGAAACUCAAGUGGACACCGGAGAUAAAUGACGCCGGAAAUAAGCAGUACGACAAUAAGGAGAAGGGGUACAUGAUGCUUCCUACUGAUUACGCACUAUUUCAAGAUCCUAAGUACUUGAAAUACGUCAAAGCAUAUGCAAACGACCAGGAUUUGUUUUUCAAAGACUUCACCAAAGUGUACACGAAAUUAAUUGAAAAUGGUAUCGAAUUUCCCAAGGAAAACAAGCCUCAUUUGUUCAAGACUUUGAAGGAACAAGGCAAAUAA